AUGUCAACUUCCCACGACCGAAUUUCACUCGCGCGUCAUAAUUAUCCACAGUCUCCCUUCAACCGCGCGCGCGAACCCAACUACGAAUUCGAUCUAGAUACCUCCAAUUUUCCCACCCCCUCUAAACAGAAUGGAACACGUGCUCGACAGAAUUACCGAACAAGCACACUAGCUGGAGCAUAUCGAGCCGCGUCGGGUUCGUCGAUGGAGGAAGGCGCGUUUGGCUCGUACACGAGCCCUCGGCGGACGCGGGAACCAGUCGACGCGCUUUCGCCCUAUUCCGACAGAUCGAUUCCCCCCGAAGAGCUCGCGGAUGCAUACCGCAGAAUUGAAGAAGAUGGAUCGCUGGCGGAAUACGUAGCGUCGGAUGGAUGGGAAGCACCACUGGCAAGUCGCUCACCAUCUCAAACAAGGGAUCGCGACUACGGAUUCGCCCGUCAUGGACUCGCAAUUUCAGAGCCAAGUCUAUUCAGUGAUAAUGGAAGACCUUCCCCGCGCCGGAAGACCACUGAUUACACCAAAGAUGAGCAGCGCCUCAGACGCGUGACCGGCAAGGAUUCUCCAGUGUUCAGCAAGGCCAACGUUGGCGCACGAUCGCAAUUGACGGCGGAUAACCUGCAACGGCGGGAAGAUGAGGAAUACCAGAGCCAUCAUAUAUCAGAGGAGGAAGACAACGGGCACGGCCCUUCUCUGAAUCUGCCAGCUGCCUGGGGAACUCGAGCUACACGUCGACAGGAGUGGCUUCGGAAAGUCAGCCAACGGAGCGUUUCAGAUCCAGAAUUGCCAGAGGAGAGGUCAGGGGAAAGAGUGGAAGAAAAUCCAAAGGACCGAGUCAUCGAGCCCGUAACGAAGACCAGACCCGAGGAGUAUCCGGUCUCCAAACCUCGACUCUCUGCCCGUUCGCUGGAGCGGGGCCAUAGCACAAGUCGAAAUGUCCUCGAGGGGCGCACGGCCAAUCCGCAUGUGCCAGACAUGCAGCAAUCUCAAGAGAAGCCGAAAGAAAAUACAUUCGACCUGAAUCAUAAUGUCCCCGGUCAAGGCGAUCCCAUCCCCAACACGCCUAUCGUGGUCUACAAAAACUCAACCUUUACAAAACCGAGUCCGACAAAGCGAGACUCUCAGGAAUUGUUACGCCGACUAUCGAGAACUGAAAGCCCAAAGCUGGAGCAAAUGCAGACGCCGGAUGGGCCAAAGCUUUUCCAAUCUCGCAUUUACGAUAAAACGCCCCGAGUAACGGGUGCAUGGAUCGAUACUCCAAUAACAGAGAAAGUGGCCCCGAUUCCGAGCGAUCUGACCAAAGAUAUCGUCCCUGCACCGGCACCAAAGCAGACCGAACCGUCAAUUGAGAAAAGUGAAUCUUCUGUGAAACCAGCCCCAGCUCAAUCUGAAAGUGCAAAGAGCGAAACGAACACCACAAAAGAAUCUCCAAAGCAAGAGUUAAACCAAACCAAAGAAUCGAAACCAGCCAAACAAUCAAGGCAGGUUCUUCGGCCUAAGCUGCCAAAGAGUGGGCUGGAGACGGUCAUUGAGGACGUCAGCUCUGGAAAGGAGACACUUGAUCUGGGAGAUGAUACCAUUGAGUCUCUUCAGGCAAUUAUGGACGACCCAAUGGGAUUGAAAACGGAAGAAGAGGAAGAGGCAGCUUAUGAGAAGGAAGUACUCGAGAAAUUGGCAAUCGCGCGUUCGAACGGACAAAACUCAGUUGACUUCGAGCGACUCAAUGACAAAUUGGCAUCUCUCACAAAGAACAUCAACGAGGUAAAGAAAGGUCUCAAUAACCUGGAAGAACAUGUCACUCGCGAAGACACACGCGCAUCACGACCAAGCACUCCCAACAAAGCAGCCCAACCAACACCACCCUCACACAAUAUUGUCCCGCAGUCCGAUGGUCGUAUCUACGCCGCAAUCCCACUUCCUCAACUGUGGGUUCAAAACCCAGUUACCCGCCGCCGCCAGCUCACUAAACUUGGCUGGGUCACGCUGGUAUCACUGUCAUGGUAUGUCAUCGAGUGCAUGAUGAUCGAGCAGUACUCGCAUCCACUCAUGGCCGAUACCUGUGAUGGCUACUGCCUGCGGCCAGAUGCACCCGAAUUUCCAUUUGUGACCGUGACAAUGAUGUGGCGCUGGUCUCAUCUAUCAGCUCUUCUCAUGCCCAUUUUCACCAUAGUGCUGACCUUGUUUCGAUUGGUAGCGCAGCUGCUCGGGCUGUGGGAUGGCUAUGUGGAUGAACCGGCACGCUUGGGCAACCUCAUGGGUGAGAUCCGUAUCAAUGGCACUCCAGUUUCGUUCCCGUGGCUGUCUUCUCCUUCGGCUCAGGGCAUUCCUGCUCCUCCACCUCCGCCUCCGCAGCAGCCUGUGUGGACACCAACACCGCAGAAUGGGGCUCCUAUCAAAUGGGAGGAUGACCAGCCCUCAAUUGAUGAUGAUGAAUAUCUUUAG